GUUAAAAUUCAAUAUGUUGCUUGGUCUUUAAGUACUUUAUAUAAGAGACUUAGCAGAUUAAUUUGCUGCAUCUAUACUUUCUUGACUUUGAGGUCCUGGCUAUUUUUUAGGUUUCUUAUGAUUGAAACUGCAAACUAUUUGCAACCAUCAGAAGGGAGAAAGAAAAGCGUGAAAUAAAUGAAAAUAGAAUAUUUGAGGUUGCAAGAUGUAGGAGAAGAUGUAAACUUUUUGCUGAUACUUAAAUGGGAAAGAUUUUCAAAAUAAUCUGUCACAAAUCUAUCUAUAAAUAUUAUCUUAAAGGGAUAUUAUAGUUUUUACAAUCCUCUAGAUGGCAUUUUCUUAUUUGAUAAAUAUUCAUACCAACCUGUUCUGAAUAAGAAAAGACCACUCUACAAAAUCAAUAGCGCCGUGAAAAUUUAAAUUCCGCUUCUCCCUAUAAAAGAGUAAUAAAAAUCGGCUUUAAGGUGCCGGCAUUUUUAUUCAACUUAGCCUUUUGAGAGUUGUAUCGAUCAAGUCUGAUUAGUGUUUUAUUCUGGAAAGCGAAACGAUAUUUUUAAUAAUCGCCUAUCGGCCAAUCACUAAUUAGAUUUGAACACUUUUCGCCCAGUGCUCUCAGCUGGUCUACGUUCAAAGUAAAUAAUCUACGCCGUAAAUCCUCUCAUUCUAUUGUAAAAGAAUCUUUUUUAUACACAAAAAAGAAAGAAAAUCAAAUGAAAAAUUGGCAUUGUACAAAAAAUGUUCGUUUUGGCAACAACUACUUUUGAAAAUCUUACGAUUCAUUUUAUACAAAUAGAAUAUAUCCGCUUUAGAUAAGGAUUUCAUUACAUUAUGAGUACUGCAUACCAGAGGAUAUUGUCUAUUGCUUGUAAAAGUGAUGGAAAUAGAUCGGAUAAGGAUAUUGAGGAAUUGAAGAGUUGGCUAAGGAAAACUUCGGAUGUAUUCAAAAAUCAGAAGGAAGAAAUUGUUGAGGUUGUGGCUAAGAAAAGUUGCUAUGUCUCACGUAAUUUAGACGAUGUUGUUAUAAGGCAAGGAGAAGUUGGAGAUAUCGUCUAUAUUGUCCUUCGUGGAAAGUUGUCCGUUUACGUUAGACCCCAAGCAUCAGGUAUCGACGAUGCUCGCUGCGCGGAACUUCUGCGCAGAGUUGAGGCGGAUUGCUCUCAAAAACGUGUACCUUUGGAUAGAAAGGUAUUCGGUAACGCCGUCGUCACUUUGGGACGAGGUUCAAUGUUUGGUGAAGUAGCUCUUUUAUCGGAAAACUCUAUUAGAACAGCUUCCGUUAUGUGUGACGAAAAGUGCGAUUUGUUAGCUAUCGACCGGCAAACGUACAAUCAAUCUCUUCGCUCCUGGCAGGAGGAAGAAUUUAAAGAAAAAACCGAGUUUGUUAAGGAGCAUUCACUGUUCAGAAACUGUUCUUUAGAUAAUAGGGUAAACAUGGCUAUAAGCCUGAGAAAAGUUGUUAUUCCGUAUGCGGGUAGUAUUUGCCGACAGGGGGAACCUGCCAAUACUGCCUAUUUUGUAUCGAAAGGGGAAUGUAGAAUCGUUAUGACGCCUAAAAAUCAUAAUAGUCAAUUCCAUAAUACAUCUUAUAAUAUUAAACAUUCAAAAAUCCCUGAAGCCUAUGUAGGUGAAUCUACAACUGGUCUAAGAAGGCCUAAAUCAGCUUUUAAUAAACUUCGAGUCAAUACAGAAGAAAGUGACGACUUCGAAGUUGGAAUUUCUUGUGCCGAUACUAUAAUUGGCGAUGUUGAAUUAGUCCUCGAACUGUCUUCCUAUAUUGAAAGUGUUGUGGCAAAUACUCAUUGCGUCCUGUUCUCUUUGGAUAAGAGGAAUUUUGAGCGUUUAAUAGCAAAAAAAAUGAUUCAAACAUUUGGUCAAAUUCGCCAAGCGGCUGAACUUAAAGUUCAAAGACGAUUGGAUAGAAUUCCUUCCCAAGUCACUGAUUUAUUGAAGCAUUGGCACGACCGGUUAGUCGCCAUGAGUCCGGAAGUGAAAACGUCCAAAAAGAAAUUAGCAUUUCAGAGAAAGGUUGAACCUAAACAAAACGACUUGAAAGCGUUAAUGAGAAUCAAACGACACGAAAGACUUCUUCAUAGGGGACCAAUAAUUCAAAUGGAUAGGAUGAAACCGCGUAAGCCUAGAAAAAAGAUUAUAGAAGAGAAGGAAGAACAUAUUCCUUCUACCACUCAAGUAGUUCGAAGCAGAAAGAGAACAGAUUCUGAAGAUGAACGAAUGAUAUCUGCAAGUGUGUUUAGAUCAAAACGCCGGUCGCAGAAUCAAGACAAAGAGAAAAUAUUCAUUACUCAAAGAGACGAAAGUGAUGAUAAUGAUGAAGAUGAUGAAGAUGAAGAUAAUGAAAAUAAAAACGACAAUUCUGAUGGUUUCGAAAAGUACGAGUUGACUUGUUUUAGAAAUCAUGAAGCUUCGCAAAAGGCUAUGACUGCGCUGGAAGAUAAACUUGGUCGAUGGUACGACAAAGUCGGAAAUCUAGUCAAAGAUGACUCAACAUACAGGAAGGCAAGCAGGGUACGAAGUUUAUCAAGAGUUAAAGAACGUUCACCUAACGAUGAGCCAUUAAAGCACGGAAUGGUAAUUAUAAUGCGGCCCCAUUCUCCCGUCUUUCCUAAUGCACAAAGAGCAGUAUCAGCACAUCAACAUCAAGUAUAUAGACCAAUCGAAUGGGGUUUAGAAGAGGAUAACGUGAACGAAAUACGAUUCUUUAGGGUUCAAUCGGCUCCUGCAAGAAGAGGAGCUGACGGAUCUGCGAAAAGCAGGCCUAAAUCUGCAAUAUGCUGGGAUAAAUAGUUUUAUUAAUCAUUUCUUAAAGUAAAAGCGUCAAUACGGUAUUGGCCUGCCAAGAAUAGAGUUUCCGUUCCAUUUGAAAAAACCGCAGCAGAAUAUAAUCUAUUAAAGUUUCUGUUACUUAUGAGUUUUCCUUCCGUAGUAUAGAUUGAUAUCUUUGUAGUUCUCCUCUUUUUUUGGCAAAGGAGAAGUCCCUGAUUAUGUCCUAACAAAUAAACAUUUCGAAAAUAUGAGUUUUUGUUGACUUCUUUAAUAGUUUUAAAUAUGCUGCCAUCAGUUGAAUCCAAAAGCAGUAUACCUCGUAUUCCAAAGAUAUCAGCGACCGCUACUUUAUUAUCGAUUAUCGCUAUAUUUGCUCGACCAUCUGCUGUUAUAUUAGUCUUCCAGACAAUAGUACCAUUCAUAUGUAAUCCUAAUAUAUCGCAAGGACUAGUGGUAGAAACAAUUAACAUUCCAUCCGCUGUGGAACGAAUUUGGGAGAUACUAUAAUCCAAUGAAAACAGAAUUUCCCAAUUAGCUCCUUUAUCAUGGGAAGAAAUAACUACACCUUCCAUUAUAUUGUUCUUUGUUGAGCAUAAAGCUACUAUUGUGCCAUUCAAUGUGAUUGUAAUAGAUCUUAAUUUACAAUUUUUUUUCACUUGAACUUGUUCUAUUGCCCCAAAUUCAGGAUUCAUUACGUAUAGACCUCUAUUAAUCCGAUCGUAUUUUGCCACAUAGUAUAAAUUACCUUCUGAAAUUAUAAUAUCAUAUAUAAACUUUCCAAAUUCGAAUAGUUGUUUGGUCAAUUUUAAUUGGUAAUUAUUUAAAUCCAAUAGAUGGCGUUCAGUAGUUGUUUGAACCGUUGGACUUGAACCAAUUGUGAAAAAGUUUGUCAAAGUUGAUAAAGUUUCCAAAUUAGUUUCUUCCGUUGAAUUCAAUUUGGUUGCCGUAUGUUCCGCAGUUGGGAAUAUUUCAACGGAUUCGGUUGUGGUAAUAAGUUCUUGAGUCUGAGCUGUUGAAGUUUGCUUCACUAAACCUAAAGUAGCUUCACUAGUUGUUUCCAUAGAAGUUGUAAAGGACUUGGUAGUCUUAAUAGAGUUAUUAAGUAGAUGUUCGCUAGUAGAAAGAUCACUAUUGGUACUACUACUUCUACUACUACCACUACUGCUACUACUACUACUACUACUACCACUACUACUCUUCAAGACUUCAACUUUUUUAGCUUUCUUUAGAUAUCUUGUAACGUCGCUUUCAAUAGGCCUAGUAGUUGUAGAUAAGACAAUGCUUUCUUCUCUAGUAGAAUGACUAUCUUUUGAAUCGUGUGUAUUUCUUUCCAAGUUUAUGGUCGAGUCAUUAGAUUUAAUAAAUAUGAGUUUACCAGUUGAAAUUUUCACAUUGGAACUAUCAUUUAUUAAUAAGGUAUUCGUAGUCACUUUUGAAUUGCUCUUAGAACGUCCAGUAGUUAAGACUUUUAAAAUAAAACUACCAUUUGUUAAAUCAUCUGCAGUUGAUUUUGAAUGCAUUGCAAAAGCUUUAGGAGGUCUGUUAAAUAAAGUUUUAACUGUUGAUAAUUCUGUAAUAUAUCUACCAGUUUUAUAAUCAUCUUGAGAAGUUACUAUAUUUCCUUUUAUCUUGGUUUUGAUAGGUUGUGUUAUUUGAGCUGUACUUGAUUUUAUAGUGGAAGCAACAGUUGUUAAAUCUUCAUUAUUUGCUUGUAAACUCGUUGUCAAGUUAACUCUGGUAGUUGUUUCGUUAUCGCGAAAAGGUAUCGGAUUUGGGCUUGUCGUACGCCUGUCACUUUUUAAACUGGAUUUAACCGUUUUUGUAUUAGAUUCAAUAAAAACUUUGUCGGUACGAUUUAACUUUGUUUUAUUGAUUAAAUCCAGUUCUGGAUAUAGUAAAUCAAGAGUUCUCGAUUGUUUAAUUACCGAUUUUUCGUCCACUUCAUAAUGAGUCCUUUGUUCCAUUAGAUUCGUAAGUGAACCUCUUAAAAAGUAGAAAUAGAUGAUAUUCACACAAACACCAAUAAAAAUAGCAGCAAGGAAAGUAUAAAGUGAGCAUAAUCUAUUUAAUCUUGCUUCUUGCUUUUGUAAGCGUUUCAAAAUUUUCACUUGAAAGAAUAUAAAGUUCCUCGUUUCGUAAUGUUCCCUUUUCAUCCUAUUAUCCAAAUUACGUACGUAAUUCUUAAUUCUAUACAUAUUUCUUUCAUCAGUCAUUCUUGUUUGCCAGCUAUUAU